UAAAAACUUAAACAGACGAUUAAAGUGUUUUACAAUGGAAAAAUCAUUCUGGCUGGUCCUUUGGGCUACAAUUCUAUUGCAAUGUCAUGCUUUGGACGUCAAAGUUAUAUCUUCUGGAGUAGUAGAUAUGUACUUGAACUACACUAAAAAUGGUAUCGAUAUUGAGCUAGUUAGAGGUAACAUCUCUAAACUCAAAGGCACCAUAGGCGUAGGCAUCGAUUUCACUCGAAAGCAAAAUUUUUCUGUAGUCAUCAUAGACGUAAAUAAUGGUUUUAAAGUGCAAUGGUUUACUAAUGACACCACAAUGGAAAUUUUCGAUUGUUUCAACUUGGAUAGAGGAAACUUAAACUGGUUCGGUGGUCCGGAAAUCUAUAGGCAAGAAUGGCCAAUAGAAAAAUUAAGACUAAAUCAAAAUGACGCUUAUGUAGUCAGAAAAGACUUGAACUUUGCCGUUCCGGAACGAUACUGGCUCAAUUCGAACGGAGCGUUUAUUUUCGUAGAGGAUCGAGUGCCACUUUUCAUCGAUCAGAACUUGCUUUUUGAUGAUAGAGUGUGUUUUAUUGCAAAAAAUCAAGGACCUUACAUUAACAGAACUACAGUGCGUCAUAGUUACUAUUUAGUGGCUUUGGAUGAUGCUGUGCAAGCGCACAAAGUUGCUGUGGCUAAUUUUUUGGGACAAGCACAAUCCUUACCAAACAUAAAUAUGAUCAGAGACCCAAUCUGGACAACAUGGGCCAAAUACAAAAAGUACAUCAACGAUUCAGUAGUCCGCGACUUUGCCUACGACAUAUUGGCUCACGGAUUCCGGGGACAAAUCGAAAUCGACGAACAAUGGGAGACUUGUUUCGGGUCGCGCGAGUUUCUCCCGAACGAAUUCGGCAACAUCACCGCCGUAGUCAGAGACCUACAAAACAAACAAUUAAGGGUCACCCUUUGGGCGGCACCCUUCGUCAAUCCCGAAUGCGAGGAUUUGAUUUCGGAAGGAGAACAAAAAGGGUACUACGUGAAAAACACCCAAGGAGAUAUGACGACGGUUUGGUGGGAAAGUACUAACGCGCGCCAAAUUGACUUUACCAAUCCAGAAGCCAGAGAAUGGUAUUCGAAAAAAUUACGUAAGCUACUAGAAAAUCCAGGAGUGGAUAGUUUUAAAUUUGACGCGGGCGAAGUUGACUACGUUGCACAACCAGCCCUGUAUCCGAACCAAGACCCCGAGCUGAUUCCCAACAUUUUCACGCAACGCUAUAUCGACACGGUAACGCAAUUUGGAGAUCUGAUUGAGGCCAGAUCGGCAUUCAGAACUCAAAAUUAUACAUAUUUUCUGAGAAUGAUCGAUAAGGACUCGGUGUGGGAUAUCGAAGAUGGACUACAAUCGCUUAUUCCUACUUUAUUGCAGCUCAACAUGGUUGGCUACAACUUUAUCCUCCCAGAUAUGAUUGGCGGCAACGGCUACAAAGCUCAACCAACCUUAGAACUGUUAGUCAGAUGGACUCAGGCUACAGUUUUUAUGCCUGUUUUACAGUUUAGCUAUUUACCUUGGGACUUUGCUGACGAUGACGUCAUGAACGGUACCGCCAUUAUACGGUCAAUGAUAGAAUUGCACGAAAAAUAUACUCCAAACAUCGUGGAGGCCAUGGAGAAUUCUUUGAAGACUCAGACGCCAACUAAUCCGCCGGUUUGGUGGUUAGGACCAAAUGAUCCUAUUCUUUUGGAGACCAAUGAUGCUUAUCUUUUGGGUGAAAAAAUUCUGGUUGCUCCAGUGUUGAACCAAGGACAAACCAGUAGGAGUGUUUAUCUUCCUCUAGGAGUUUGGCAGGAUGGUAAUGACGAAACAAAAACUUAUGACGGCCCUGUUUCGAUUUCUUAUGACGCUCCAUUAAGUGUCUUACCAUUUUUUAUCAAAUUGAAUUAAUUUCCAAGUUUUUUUUUUAUUAAUUAUUAAACGUAUGUAUGUAUGUCUUAAAA